AUGCAAAUCAAGAACAUACUCGCGCUUUGUUUUCUUGCCGCCCCGGCACUGUCAGCUCACACCAGAGAGUAUGGUGAGAAUGGCUUUGUGGGAAUCAAGAGGAACAACAAAUGGCGGGUCGAUGCUAGAGAAUACGAGGAAAGCACCGAUGUCUUCAACAUCUUGGGGGCACGGCACUAUCAUCUGCACUCCCAAGACAACAAGAGUACGGUCAAAAGCUUCAAGAUAGCCACCUCCACCGCCGAGGCUCAAGCCAAGUCCGGGGGCUUCAGUACGACCACCAAGAGCGGCUACCCGCACCAGUACCAGAACUUCAACGCCCUGACCUGGGGCGUCCAGGAGUGUGACGACCAGCCGAAGAACAGUGACAGCAAGCUGCUGGAGUACCCGGUCUACUGGAUCGGACCCUCGAGAAAGGCGUGGUCCAAGGACGAGCAAAAGAAAGCCAUGGGGACCAAUUGGGAGACCCCGAUGCGAGUUGUGUACAUGGAAGGGGGCAACGAGAAAUUGAUCUACUGCGGUGUGAUGAUACAUGAGACAGUGGAAUCGAGCCUCUCGGGCACGGAUGGGUUUGUUGUGUGUUCGUGA